AUGAUGCUUGAUCCAUUCGUCAACAAUGUCGCGGAGUUGCAUGAUAGACAUAGAGGCAUGAGGCUCGAUGUUGAUAACAUGUCGUACGAGGAAUUAUUGGCAUUGGAAGAACAUAUAGGAAAUGUGAACACCGGAUUGAGUGAAGAAAUCAUUUUGGGACGUAUGAAACAGCGAAAGCAUGAGCCAGUAUAUGGAGGGUCAUCGUCGCCUUGCUGUAUAUGUCGGGAGGAAUACACAAGUGGAGAUUACAUGGGCAUAUUGGAUUGUGGACAUGAAUUCCAUAGCAGUUGCAUAAAGCAGUGGCUAAUGCUGAAGAAUGUGUGUCCUAUUUGUAAGAUGACAGCCUUAAAAAAAUGAAAUGCAACCAAACAAAGAUAAUGUCCCUCCUCUUCUUCCCAACAAAAGAAUUCCUUGGAAAAAGUGUAAAAAGAGGGGGUGGAGGGUUCUUUAUAUUAUUACCAUUUUAAAACUAAUGGGGAUAUCUUUUUUUUUAUUAUUAUUAUUAU